AUGAGCACGUUCCUCAAUGAGCGCUAUCGUACGCUCGAAGCGAUUGAGGACGUGAAACAGAAUGCCAACCCACAGAACGCGACUGCAGGACCAUCCCGUCCGCAGAAUUCCAAGCGAGUCAACUCCUUUGAGGCCCGAGUCACUCCGAAAGGCAAAUCGUGUGAUUUGUGCUCAAAGGAGAAUCACCCUGUCCGGUCCACUUCAAAUCCAACGGCAACAAAUUUGCAAAAUUUCUUUGCCAAUAAUGCUCAGAAUGUCCUUCUCGGCACGGCGGUCAUCAACGUAUGCCACUUGGGCACUACAUACACCGCACGUGCGCUUAUUGAUUCCGGGUCCGAAGCGACCUUCAUUUCUGAGCGUCUGUUCCAAUGCAUUAAGUUGCCUUUCCAGUCCGUGCGAGCCCAGGUAUCCGGGCUAAAUCACGCAGUUGCGGCCCAAUCGCAGAAGUUAUGUCACUUCAGCAUUGGUUCUCCGACGAAGCCGAGGCUCCAUAUCGAGACAUUCGUAAUUCCACAGUUGGCAGGCAAACUGCCCUCCCGCGAUAUGCCGCGAGCUUUCCUAAGGGAUCUACCAGCGAUAGAACUGGCAGAUCCACACUUCUACAAGAGCGCUCAGAUUGAUAUUCUAAUUGGCGCGGAUAUCCUUCCGUCAGUCAUCUUGAGGGGCUCCCGGCCAAACAUUUGUGGCUCACUCCUUGGGCAGGAGACCGUGUUUGGCUGGAUUCUCACCGGCCCCGUCUCCCAGAAUGUGUCGACAACUGUUUCUGCGUUUUCGACAAGAGUCGCCCUCCAAGCAGACGAACAGCUCGACAGCCUACUUUCCAAAUUUUGGGAGGUGGAGUAUAUUCCAGCGAAGCUGAUAAAGGAGUCAGACUUCGUUUGCGAAGAAAACUUCGUUAAGACUACUUCUCGUAGCAAAUGUGGCAGAUAUCGGGUGACUCUUCCACUCCGGAAGCCCGAUGGCAUUCAACUGGGUCAUUCCAGAUCUAUAGCGCUGGCUCAAUUCCUCAAGAACGAGAAUCGUUUGUCAAGAAACGAUUCUCUAAAGGAACAGUACAAUGCCGUUCUCCAGGAGUACGUGGACUUGGGUCAUAUGACACCCAUAUCGCCUCAGGCGAUUGUCACGACUCCCAAUUUCUACCUGCCUCACCACGCCGUACUCAAACCAGAUAGCACCACAACGAAGGUGCGAGUCGUUUUCAACGCAUCUUGUCCAUCCUCAUAUGGUAAGAGUCUGAAUGAUUUCCUUCAUUCAGGGCCCAUUCUCCAAUCAGAUCUCACGUUGAAGAUCCUCAGAUGGCGAUACUAUCGAUAUGUGUUCAAUGCGGACAUAACGAAGAUGUAUCGCCAAAUCCUCAUGGAAUCGAAGCACACGCCGUUCCAACGAAUUCUGUUCCGUACGUCGGACGAUGAGAUCCGUGACUUCGAGUUGAACACAGUGACAUUCGGUGUCAACUGUGCGCCUUUCCUGGCUCUACGAGUCCUCCAGCAACUUGCUGAUGACAUACGCUUGGAGUAUCCUCUCGCAAGCCGAGUCAUUUUCAACAACAUGUACGUGGACGACGUCCUGGCGGGGACACACACGAAAGAAGAGGCCAUCCGGACCAUUGCGGAAGUGUGUGCAGCCCUGGGACAGCGCUGGCUUCCCGCUGAGGAAACACGAGUGAAGCUCCAGUACCACGGAUUCUGUGAUGCUUCAGAAAGGGCGUAUGGAGCGGCGAUCUAUGUCCGUGUGGAGACGGCAAACAAGGUUUCCACACAUCUCCUCACUGCGAAGACAAUAGUGGCUCCUGUCAAGUCUCUCUCAGUGCCACGUUUGGAGCUUUGUGGCGCAGUCCUGUUGGCUGAGUUAUCUGCAGCCCUCCUCCUGAAUCUGCCAGCAGAAAGUUUCCAGACUUUCUUUUGGACUGAUUCAACAAUUGUUCUCGCCUGGUUGAACAAGCCACCCUGCAGAUGGACAACCUUUGUGGCCAAUCGUGUGGCCAAAAUUGUCCAAGCCAGCGACGCCAAGAACUGGUCGCAUGUGCGAUCCGAGCACAAACCGGCAGAUCUUGCAAGCCGAGGUGUCCUGCCACAAGAAUUGAUGCGUAAUCCUUUGUGGUGGCAUGAACCAGAGUGGCUUCAUCUCCCGUCGGAUCAAUGGCCAACAUCUCCAAGUCCCAUUCCGGAGACUCUGCUGGAGCAGCGGAUUAAGUGCAACGUCGUUAAGUUACCUCCUACUCCUGACUUCCUGAAUAAGUUCUCUGAGUUUGGCAAGGCACUGCGCACGUCUGCCUAUGUUCUCAGAUUCAUCGAUAGAAGUCGGAAGUUGGCAGUUCCAAGCUCUACCGUGGUCCAAGCGGAUGAGCUAAUACCACUGCAGUCCAAGCAGCAGGUUCCUUCCUCAAGUUCAAUCCGAAACUUGAACCCUUUCCUCGAUGGCAAGGGGAUUCUACGGGCCUGUGGGCGUCUGAGGGCGUCCCACUCGCUGCGUUAUGAUGAGAAUCAUCCAAUCGUCCUCUCGUAUUCCUCGUCCUUUGCACGACUACUGGUUCGAUUCACCCAUCGUAUAUCCUUACAUGGGGGUAACCAAGUCGGCACGCGGCUGAUCCGCUCCAGAUUCUGGAUUCCGAAAUUGAAGGUACUCGUCAAAUCCACCAUCAACUCUUGCAAGGUUUGCGUGAUCUACAAUCACCAAGGUUUGCGUGAUCCCAUCACCAAAGGGUAUGUCUGCGUCUUCGUGUGCUUCAGCACGAAGGCGAUCCACUUGGAGACAACAUCGGAUCUCACGACGGAGAAAUUCCUGGCCACAUUCUCCCGUUUCAUCGCACGGCGCGGGUGUCCAUACCAGAUGUACUCGGACAACGGGAAAACCUUCGUUGGAGCUGACAAAGUGAUCUUCUACGACUUCUUGGAAGCGACGAGGGAGUGCAUCAUCGCACAACACGCCCACAAGAGCCUAUCCUGGCACUUCAACCCGCCGGGCGCCCCGCAUAUGGGUGGAUUAUGGAAAGCCGGCGUAAAGAGUUUCAAGGCACUCUUUUACAAGGCGACCUCCGAAAUCGAAGCCUGCCUGAAUUCGAGGCCGAUUUCCCCUAUGUCCGAGGAUCCUUCGGACUUACUAGCGCUCACUCCUGGCCAUUUCCUCAUAGGUGGCCCUCCUAUUUCGCUGUUGGAACCACCAAUUAACCAAACGGCCACCUCCAUCCUCAAUCGGUGGCAGCGACUGAAGGCUCUUCACCAACAAUUUUGUUUCCGUUGGAAAGAUGAGUACCUGAAGGAGCUGCACAAACGGACGAAAUGGCAAUCCCCCUACACGGAACCUUCGGAUCGGUGA